AUGGCGCGCCGUGACCUCACAGCAGCACAACAAGAUCUCUGGGAUGCUAGUCAGCAGUGUCGGGCGCAGCAGAAGAGCAGCACUAGCGGUGGUACGAGCAAAAUCAACGCUCGAGACGCAGAGCAGAUGCGAGCGCUGCACAAGCAGAUCGUGGCUGCCUACAAGAAGCUCCAGCAGAUGCAUGCCAACAAGAAGCGCCUGGACAAGAAGGUCAUCAAGCAAAUGGUGAAGUAUCUGUCCACUAUCCCAGCUCUCCAAGACGAGUAA